AUGUCUUACUUCUCCGAAGCUAGGAUAACCGAGAACAAUGUAACUCUUGACCAUUAUUCCAGAGGACCUGAAGUUGCCCCCUUUGAUCCAACAAAGAAAAAGAAGAAGAAGAAAGUGGCAAUUCAGGAUCCUAUUGAUGACUCGGCAGAGCCAUCGGCUGAGAAAGCUGAUUCAUUGGCAGUCGGUGAUGGUCUUGAAAGCACAUUUGCUGGUAUGAAGAAGAAGAAAAAGAAGCCAGUUGAACCAAGCUCAUUAAACGAGGAAAGUGGCGAGGCUGGAGAAGAUAUGGAUGACCAUGGUAUUGAUGAGGAAGAGGGCGAUGGUAUAGACCUUCAGCAGCAGCGUUACCCCUGGGAAGGAAGUGAUCGUGAUUAUGAGUAUGAGGAGCUUCUUGGCAGGGUUUUCAAUAUUCUUCGUGAGAAUAACCCUGAGCUUGCGGGAGAUAGGCGUCGUACUGUGAUGAGGCCGCCUCAAGUUCUCCGUGAGGGUACAAAGAAAACUGUGUUUGUAAAUUUCAUGGACCUUUGCAAGACGAUGCAUCGCCAACCGGAUCAUGUCAUGGCUUUCUUGCUUGCCGAGCUGGGUACAAGUGGUUCUCUCGAUGGGCAGCAAAGGUUAGUUGUUAAGGGAAGAUUUGCCCCCAAGAACUUUGAAGGAAUUUUGCGGCGAUAUGUCAAUGAGUACGUCAUUUGCCUUGGUUGCAAGAGCCCAGACACACUUCUUUCUAAGGAGAAUCGUCUCUUCUUUCUGAGAUGUGAGAAGUGUGGAUCAGGACGAUCGGUGGCGCCGAUCAAAGCUGGUUUCGUUGCUCGUGUGGGUCGGAGGAAAACAUAAUAUACUCGGUUGUUGGAGUGUGUCUUCUGAAGAGGAGUUUCCUGUCCUUGCUUUUUGUUGCUGCUUGUCCUGAGUAUUUCACAGAGCUUUUUCAGCACAUUGCGCAAAAACAUUUGUGGUAUAAACAAAUAUAUAACCUGGCGCAGUCGAACAAUUUCGGUGUGGGGUCUUGUUUGGUAUCCAGAAAAUUCACGGGUUUAAAUUGGAUGAUAGAGAAAGUUAGGGGUC